GUGGAGGAAGGAUCUUGAAUAGCUCGCGCGCCUGGCUCCGCCCUCCGCCUGCUCGCUUGGCUGCGAGAAAUCUCUCCCGUUACUCCACUCCGCGAUGAAUAUGCACACUGACACGGCGAUCUUGUUCCCGAAACGGAGAGAAAUCGGAGAAGGGGGACGGAUAAAAUGAAAAGUUAUUUACGCUGACGUCAAAUUGUAAACAAAAUGGCGAGUCUGGCGGGGAUAAAACAGCUCGCUUCCUAGCUACUGAAUUGUAUGAACUCUUAAAACUGUCUUUAUCGCCGAAAUAGUUCUUUGUUUCGGUUAAAACUGAACUGCCUACGUUGCCAUUGGAUGCGCGUUGGAGUUUAUAUUUGUGCGAUUUUGGGGGAGUCAACUUUUUUUGUGCAUUCUUUCACUAAGGGGCUGCACACAGCAUUGCCAAUGGAAAGUAAUGGAGAGUCCUGCUUUCGGCGCUGCGUUCAAGUAGGACUGCACAGCAACUUCCUCCGCCGCGUUGGACAUUACAAAUGAAGGGGCAUUAGCUUGUUAGCUCGCGAGCUGAGCUGAGCUGAGCUGGCUGGCUACCUAGUUUACACUAUCCGAGAACUACGGCAUGGCGGUCUUGUGAGACUGUAUCAGACUGUCAUCGGACGUGUAGCCUCGUUGUUUUGGAUUCCAGUCAGAGGAUGUUAUCCGCGGAUGUAAUGGGGACAAAUAUGCUGACCCUCAGGUAGCAUGACUCGUUAGCUAAUGCACUUAGCAGAUGUUCAUGAUCAUGUGCGAUCACCGAUCAGUGUGAAAAAGAGCAAUAACCAGCACGCGCGCCGAGACGAGGGUGUUGCGUUUGUUCACGUUGUCUUUUUUUUUUUUAACCAUACCGUAUUUAUUUAACCAUGGCCGUGAGGUCCAGGAGACCCUGGAUGAGCGUGAUUCUCGGGGUCAUUCUUGGAUUUACCGCGGCGUCUUGGCUCAUCGUCCCACGGGUGGUGGAAAUCAGUGGCAAGCGAAAAAAAUCUACCGUGUGCUCUUAUUACGGCAACGCCGCGAGCGUCGGCAAAGUACCGGAGACCGUCGGCAGCACUGCGGGUAGCAACGCGUGGCUGAAAGACAAGGACAACCCCAUCUCCAGCCAGGAGGAGAGCGAGGAAGAGGAGGAGAGCAUGUUCAGGACUAGUAACGGUAGCGGGGACGGCGGGGGACCCAUUUCUCGACCUCGUCAUUUUCUUUACGUGGGUGUCAUGACAGCUAAAAAGUACCUGGAUUCGCGAGCUGUGGCCGCGCACCGGACGUGGACUCGCUCGAUCCCGGGGAAGGUGGAGUUCUUUUCCAGCGAGCGGUCGGGCACCGUCCCGCUGCCCAUUCCCCUUCCCGUGAUCUCCCUCGCCGGAGUGGACGAUUCUUACCCUCCGCAAAAGAAGUCGUUUAUGAUGCUGAAGUAUAUGCACGACCAUUACCUGGAUAAAUACGAAUGGUUUAUGAGGGCGGACGAUGAUGUCUACAUUCGAGGUGAGAAGCUGGAGUCCUUCCUGCGCUCCCUGAACAGCAGCAAGCCGCUCUACCUGGGCCAGACGGGCCUGGGCACCAGCGAGGAGCUGGGCAAGCUGGCGCUGGAGCCCGGGGAGAACUUCUGCAUGGGCGGCCCGGGCAUGAUCUUCAGCAGGGAGGUGCUGCGGCGGAUGGUGCCGCACAUCGGGGCCUGCCUGCGGGAGAUGUACACCACGCACGAGGACGUGGAGGUCGGCCGCUGCGUCCGCCGCUUCGGGGGCACCCAGUGCGUCUGGUCCUACGAGAUGCAGCAGCUGUUCUACGAGAACUACGAGCACAACAAGAAGGGCUUCAUCCAGGAGCUGCAGAGCAGCAAGAUCCACAACGCCAUCACCCUGCACCCCAACAAGCGGCCGGCCUACCAGUACCGGCUGCACGGCUACAUGCUGAGCCGGCGCCUUAGCGCGCUGCGCCACCGGACCGUCCGGCUGCACCGCGAGGGCGUGGCCAUGAGCCGGCUGACCGGCACCGAGCCGCGCCCGGAGGACCAGCGCCUGGGCGCGCUGCCGUCCUACACGCGGUACCAGCCGGCCGAGCGCGGCCACGUGAUCGAGUGGGAGUUCCUGACGGGCCGGCACCUGUACGCGGCGGCGGGCGGCGAGGGCCAGGCGGCGCGGCAGGGCCUGGGCGCGGCCCUGCGGGCGGCGCUGGAGGACACGGUGCUGCAGGUGAUGGAGAUGAUCAACGAGAACUCCAAGGCCCGGGGCCGCGUCAUCGACUUCAAGGAGGUGCAGUACGGGUACCGGCGCGUGGACCCGCUCCACGGCGCCGAGUACAUCCUGGACCUGCUGCUGCUGUACAAGAAGCACAAGGGCCGCAAGCUGACGGUGCCCGUGCGGCGCCACGCCUACCUGCAGCAGUCCUUCAGCCGCGCCUUCUUCUCCGAGGCCCAGGAGCUGGACCCGGCGGCGCUGGCCGACGCCGUCGACUCCCAGGCCCCGGGCCUCUCCUUCCUGUCCAGCUCCCUGCGCAUCUUCUCCCCCUUUCAGUCGGCGGGAGGGGGUGGGGGCGGGGGCGGGGGCGGAGGGGCGGCGGCGCGGGGGGGGCAGCAGCGGAAGGUCCACGUCCUGGUGCCCCUGACGGGCCGCUACGACGUCUUCGUCCGCUUCAUGGAGAACUUCGAGAGGACCUGCCUGGCCACGGGGCAGAGCGUCCGGCUGUCCGUGGUGCUGGUGGACAACGACAGCAACCAGGACCGGGCCCGGCACCUCCAGCUGAUGGAGCGGUACCGGGACCGCUACCCCGCGGCCGAGCUGACCGUGGUCCGCAUGGCGGGGGGCUUCUCGCGGGGCCUGGCGCUGGAGAUGGGCUCGUCGGCGCUGGCCAACGACUCCCUGCUCUUCUUCUGCGACGUGGACCUGGUCUUCAGCGCGGACUUCCUGCAGCGUUGCCGGGACAACGCGGUGCAGGGGAAGCAGGUCUACUUCCCCAUCGUCUUCAGCCAGUACGACCCCAAGGUGGUCUACGCGGGCGGCUCCCCCCCCCCGGCCCCCGACGGCGGCGGCGGCGGCGGCUUCGUCUUCACCAAGAAGAGCGGCUUCUGGCGGGAGUACGGCUUCGGCAUCGCCUGCAUCUUCAAGAGCGACCUGCUGGCGGCGGGGGGCUUCGACACCUCCAUCCAGGGGUGGGGGCUGGAGGACGUGGACCUCUUCACCAAGGUGAUCAACUCGGGCCUGCGGGCCUUCCGUAGCCAGGAGACGGGGAUGGUGCACGUCUACCACCCGGUGCACUGUGACACCGGCCUGGAGCCCAAGCAGUACCGCAUGUGCCUGGGGUCCAAGGCCAGCACGUACGCCUCCACCGCGCAGCUGGCCGAGCUGUGGCUGGAGAAGCACUUGGGCGUCGGCUACAACAGAACUUCCUCCUGACCUUCCGGAAGCCUCCGGCUCCUCGGGAUGACUUACCUCAGAUUCUGCGCCCGGUGCAGAGAGCAAUGGGAGUCUGUGUGUGUGUGUGUGAGUGUGUGUGUGUGUGACUGUGUGUGUGUGUGACUGUGUGUGUGUGACUGUGUGACUGUGUGCGUGUGUGUGUGUGUGACUGUGUGUGCGUGUGUGUGUGGGGGGG